CGCGGCGCUGCGGUAACGGCCGGGACGGGGCUCCCGGGGCUCGCCCCGUGCUCGGGGUCCCGCCCCGAGGCAGCUCCCGGUGACGCUGCCGGUGCUGCUCCCGGUGCUGCAGGCGCGGCGGAGGCGGCGGCGGCGGCCGCAGCCCAUGCGGGCCCGGGCGGCGGGGACGGCGGUGACGGCGCGGGAGCUCUGCGAGAACGAUGACCUGGCCACGAGCCUCGUGCUGGACUCGGUGCUCGGCUUCCGAACGCACAAAAUGGGCGUCAGCCCCCUGCCGGCGCUGCGGCGGCGGGCACAGCUGCGGGCGGCCAUCGCGGCGUUCCGGCAGCGCCGGGACCUGGAGGCGGCCUGGCGGACCCUGAGCGGGGCCUGGGCCCCCGCCUUCUUCCGCCAGCGCCGCCCGGCGCAGCGGGCCGCGCUCAAGAACCACGUGUUCCGGUACCUGCGCACGCUCCUGCCCGAGAGCGGCUUCAGCAUCCAGCGCUGCACCCGCUACAGCCGGGACACCAACGGCGCCAGGGUGGUGUCCACCCGCACCUGGCAGAAGCACGAGGUGCUGGAGCUGCUGGGGGGCUGCAGCGUGGAGCUGCGGGGCUCGGACCGGGCGCUGCUGCGGGCGGGCGACAACGACUUCAGCCUCAUGUACUCCACCCGCCGCAGGAAAACCCAGCUCUGGCUGGGGCCCGCCGCCUUCAUCAACCACGACUGUCGGCCCAACUGCAGGUUCGUGUCGGCGCCGGGCGGGGCGCGGGUGCAGGCGCUGCGGGACAUCCCGCCCCGGGCAGAAAUCACCUGUUUCUAUGGCGACGGCUUCUUCGGGGAGGGCAACCGCGGCUGCGAGUGCCGCACCUGCGAGAGGCGCGGCGAGGGGCGCGUUCCGCGGCCGCGGGGGGGAGGGGGCACGGCGGCCUCCUCCCCCCCUCGCCCCCCGCGGGACCCCCCCCCGAAAUACGAGCUGCGCGAGACCGACGGCAGGCUGCGCCGGGCCGGGCCGGGCCGGGCCGAGCCCCCUCCCCAAAAGCGCCGGGCCCCGCGCGUGUCCCUGCACGACUGCGUGUCCUGCGGGGGGGGCUGCCUGCUGCGGGCGGGGGUCCCGCUGGUGCGCCUGCCCCCCGCCGCCCCCAGGGCCGCCCCCAGGCCCGCCCCGCCCCCCCCGCAGCCCCCCGACCCCAAACUGUCGCUGUACGCCCACGUGCGCCUGGGGGGGGGCUCCCCCAAACCCGGGGGAGGGGGCGGGGGGCGGGGGGCGGGACCCCCCCCCGGCUGCGGCUGGUGGUGA